AUGGCGGACCCCAGCGUGUGCUGCUACCUCACCAAGCUGCUGUGCGCCCAAGGGGGCCGCAUGGCGCUGGACGCCCUGCUGGGCGAGAUCGCGCUGUCAGAGGAGCAGCUCUGCGAGGUGCUGAAGGCCGCCGGGCCCGACCGCUUCGUGCUGCUGGACACUGGCGCCGUCCGCGCCGUCGUGGCCACCACGCGGGCGCGGGUCUGCCGUCGCAAGUUCUGCCAGAGACCCUGCGAGAACCUGCACCUCUGCAAGCUCAACCUGCUGGGCCGCUGCAACUAUUCGCACGCGGAUCGCUCAGCUUCCCAGGAGAACCCUGCUCUGGGCAGCCGCGCUCUAUCCGCCCAGCCCGGCCCCUUCCCGUCGCCACCUCCAAACUCAGUCUCCCUGGAGGCCUUGGCGGGAUUGGAGCCCGCGGCUCCUCCGCCGCAUCGGCGAGACGUGCCAUACAGAGGUCGAAGCAAGAGUCGAGACAGAACCUUGAAAGAUAGUCAGGAAUUUCUCCCACCUGCUCGAGACUCUUCCCUGAAUUCCUGCGCAGCCGAUCACGAGAAAGUCAGCCGCAGGUCCUCCCUGGACGACGACGAUGAUGACGACCAUGACUAUGACAGUGAUGGGGCGAUGGAGGCUCUCACCCACAAACUCUUGCAUCUUGGCAGCCGGCAUAGCUCUCCGCCUCCCCUGGUCUCAACCAAGGCCACCGGUCCUGCAAGCCAGAAGGGAGCAAACUUCACGCUUUCCGAGAACGACAGUAGAGAGGGUCUCUUUUAUGGGCGUUCAGGCAGCACUCAUCUUGUGCCGGGUUCAACGCCAGCUUCCAUCUGGAAGGAGUGCACGUCUGGGGUGGACAGCCUGGGCAUCUGGGGAGGGGGAGCAUUUCCUCCGAAUCCACCUGUCCCCUUACCCCAGAAAAGCUUGAGCAUGCUCUCCUCAGACAUCAAGGCUGGGAAUGGAAACCAGGUCCCCUUUCUUAACAGAGUGGACAGAGUGACCACAGAUCUCUCUCCCACAGGACCCCCAAGUUACAAGGCCACUGCCAGCAGAGAACAAGAAGAAUCGCUGUCUAAGGACCAGGACCCUAGACCCAUUCCCAGGGCUCCGCUUGGCACUGGCAAGAUUCCUGAGGACGGGGCGGCCGUGGUGUCUAAGAAUGAGUAUAUUGCCUCAAAGACCUAUUGGUCUAAUAAGUAUGCCCCCAACCUAGGGAAUGAGCCCCUGAAAGUGGAGAGAGAGACAGAGCAGAGAGAGAAGAUGGGAGGUCCUAGUUUGAGCUCAAGAGGGGAUCAAGAUGCGUUGCCCUACGGUAUUCAAAACCUGCUCAGCCAGGACCUUCCCACGCCUGGGAAGGUGACAGUCUCUGCUCAGGCUACCAGCCCACCAACGGCAUCAAGCUCCUCCAGCAGCAGGGCUGCUGCCGUCGGGGUCAGUGCUCACAGCACAGCCCACACCCCAACGACCACAGCCAGCAGGCUGAAGAGCAACCCAGCAACGGCAUCAAGCUCCUCCAGCAGCAGGGCUGCCGCCAUCGGGGUCAGCGGUCACAGCACAGCCCACACCCCAAUGACCACGGCCAGCAGGCUGAAGAGUAGCCGGACCCAUGACCUGGCUCCGUAUCCCAACUCCAGCGUGACCAGUCUCUCAUCUUCCAAGAGGGAUGGCGGCUCAAAAGAAAUUUGUCUUGACUACCUGCAGGAAUGUUGUCAAGAGGUGAAUUGCAGCAAAGUGCAUUUCUACCUGCCCUUUAAGUGGCAGAUGCUGGAGGUGGAGAACACCUGGAUUGACCUUCCACACAUGAAGAUCGAGAAGGCAUACUGUAACCCAAACAUCUUCAACUUUUCUGUUAUGGAUUAUCACAUCGAUUUCCAGACGAUGACGUGUAAUUCCAAACUCCUUCGACGCCUCUCCACCCCAUCGUCCGGCACCAAGUUGACCUCGCUGGUCUUUGCCACCCAGUGGGUUUGGUACUGGAGAAGCAGAUCUGACAUUUGGGUUAAAUAUGGAGAAAAGUCGAGUAACCAGGGAAUUUCGAACAUCAGCUCUUCGUACAUCGAGGACAUGUUUCUUGCGUACCCAAAGGGAAUUGUGCCCUUUAAGGCGGGCUUUGAGGCAUAUGAACUGAGUUUCCAAGCGAUGAUUCAGACAAACGUACUUUCCAGGACUCAGAAGCAUGUCCUGCGAAGGCCCAAAUUUCUAUCUUCCUCUGACCUGGAGUUGCUCAAAAUAAGACGAAACUGUCAGCCGGCACUGUCCCUGCCCACCCCAAACGCUUCUCAGCAGGACCGACCCCAGCGCCCCAGUGCAUAUACGUUGUCGCCUAUCAGCGACCAACAUCCGGAAUAUAUUGUGAUAAGUGCGAGUUUCAAAGCUUCCAUGAAGAACUUCAAGAUUGAGAAGAUUCAGAGGAUUCAUAACCCAGCGCUCCUGACUGCCUUCCAGAGGAAGAAAGUCUUUAUGAGGAACGCCAAUGAAAAAACCCUGUUUCAUGCGACGGACCGCCGCUAUGUGGAGUCUAUUUGCCAGCACAAUUUUGACUGGUCCUUGCAUGGAACAUGUGAAGCAAAAUAUGGAAAAGGAAAUUACUUCACCAAAGAAGCCAUCUCCUCCCACAAGAACUGCCUUGUGGACAACCAGAAUAGAGUGAUGCUUGUGUCCCAGGUCCUAGUUGGCGACUACACGGAAGGAAAAGUAGUAUACACGAGACCGCCUUCCAAAGGCUAUGAAUCGACCCUCUACGACAGCUGUGUGGACACAAGGUUGAAUCCCUCCAUUUUCGUCAUCUUUCAGAAAGAUCAGAUCUACCCACAGUAUGUGAUUGAUUAUUCCGAGACAGACAAAGCCUGUGUGAUCAGUUAGACGGGAUGAGGAUCCCGGCUUUGUGGACGAGCUCCCGUUCCCUUCUUGAACCAGGUGUCCUGGAUAAUCUGUGCACUCGGACAUGUCUCUCCUCUGUCUUAAUGUCUUCUGUCCAAACCUGGCUGCCUGGCUGCACCACCCAGUGUGUCCAUUAGGUGGCGUUUCUGGCACCUAGUACCACCGACCGAGUGGUUCGAUACAACCCAAGUCCACCCUCUCCCAGGGGCUGAGUCUAAGAUGAGGGUGUUGGUUCUGAGGAUUCCAGGGAAUCGCUUCCCUGCCUCACUCCCGGCGCCUGGUGGCGCCAGGCCUUCUUUGUCUUGUGGCUGGGGUGUCACAUGACAUUUUUGCUCUUUCCCCAGUCUCUGUGCAUCUUUUCUUCUUUCAUAAGGACACCAGCCUUAUAGGAUUAGGGCCCACCCUGCUCCAGUGUGACCCCAUGCUAACCUAACUGAUAACAUCUGCAAAGACCCCAUCUCCAAGCGGGGUCUUAUUCAGAGGUCCUGGGGUUAGGACGCCAACAUACCUUUUUGGUGGGAUACGUUCAACCCCCAAUACCUGCUAAUCUCUUAACCCUGAUGCCCAGCCAAACACCCAAUGGGCAACAGUGGGUUUUAAAAGCAUCCAGGUGAAAAAAAAAAAAAAAAAGCGUCCAGGUGAUUCUCAGGCCUGCAAAGCUGGGGCACCACCUGCUUCAGAUGCAAGUGGGCAAGCCUCAUGUCUCAGUUUUCUUUACAACAAGUCCCUGGGCUGGAGUGAUUUACCCUGCAGGCAAGGUAAGCACGGCCUCACUUGUGCUUACUUACCCAGUCUGUGGUGAACCGUGUCUCAUGUUUGUCACCCCAUCAAAGACACGUGAAGCUGCCUGUAGUGAUUAGUAGUUUUGCAGGCGAGGGAGUAAACACACCUAAUCCUGUGUUGACUGGACCCUCUGUCCCUGUUGGGAAUUGUCCAUUUGAAAAGAGGCUUGGGUUCUGUGGGAAGGUGCCGUGGGCUUCAGCCAGACCUGAAAACUGGAUCUUUGAUUUGGUGCAAACACGGGCAGUUGUUCAUUAUAGAUGCAAGAAAGCACAAGGUCGGCCCGUGCUUCCCUUAUUUCUUGGGUGACCUGACCAUGUUCCUGGCUUACGAACUUACUGAUGAGACGGACCACUCGUAUUUGCCCUUUGAAUCAUGUAGCUCUCCCUAUUUUGAACGAUUGAAGCAAUGCUGGCCUGCAACCGGUCUCAGAUCACAAGCAUCUUCGCUUGCUGUGAAAUCGCCAGCGAGGUGACUUCAAUACUAGAGGGGGCCCUGGGCCUGUUCUUUCUCUGAAGUGAGACCAUGUCCCUCCAAUUGGGUUUACUUACACACUCGACUUCAAGACCCACUUAGGAGCAUAUCUCGUUUCCCACCUAGGGGCGGCCUGUUGCUACAGCAACCCUUCUCUUCCUUGACGAACGGUGUUGGUGUGCUUAGGUUUAAAUACGAUGCAGCUCAUUGGAGAACAUGCUACAUGUCCUGUUGGAAGCGGUGCAUGAGCUCUCCCAGACUUGCCCAGGAGGCAGUGGGGAACUGCCCCAUAUGGCCUGCGCAGCCCAGCCAGGGGACAUAAACGCGAUUAUAGACACACCACAUUACUGGGCACACACUUAUGUAUCUCGAUGUUUAUUGACGGGCAGACUCCUUCUCGGUUGGCUCUUUCAGUCUCAAUACAAGGCUGCCAAGCAGGGCACAGCGAGGAGCAACCGGCUAGAGUUCGCUGCCCUUUAGAGUCUUUGCACAAUUAUGACAAUACAGAUAUUGAUCUUCUACUUACUAUGACUACAGAGAGGAAUGCUUUCAGAUCAGGCUUUCACGGAGUGGCUGGGUUUUUGGAAGCCCACUGCCGUAUCUCCAGGUGUCUCCAGAAAAGCAGGAAACUGAGCACCGGUAACUAGAUUCCUGUCAGCAGGAAUUAUUUCCUGGUGAGCACAAGAGUUAGGUCAGAGAGCAUCCACGCCCCGCCAAACAGCCUGCAAAGGGCCCCCUUUCUGUGUAUAAUUGACGGUGUGGGAUCGCAGACAGGUUCUUGAACUUGGACCAAUGUUUUAUUCCGUAGAACAAUAAGCUUUUCCCUUUUCAACGUUCCCUAUCGGUUGCCCAGCUGUCCUGCUGCUGUGCAUGACUUGCGUCCAGCUCUACCCAA